AAGUUUUGGUGCCUCUGUAGGUACCUUUAUCUAGAAUGCCCGAACAACUACGCAGUGGACUCGCCGUGCAACCAAGCCGAUCAAUCCCCGACUCUCGCCCUCAGCGGAAUCAAAAAACUCUCUUCCUUUUUCGACAAUUGAGACGGGAGAGAGGAUUUCUUCCUUGAUCGAGGUCUUGAACAAUUUUGAAUCUUCCGGGCGUUGGAUGAAAGCAGGAGGUUCCGUGAGCUGAACAAAAUGGCUAUCCUGUAUGCGGUGGUGGCAAGAGGUACGGUGAUUUUGGCGGAGUUCAGUGCUGUCACCGGCAAUACUGGCGCUGUCGCGCGGCGGAUCCUCGAGAAGCUGCCGAAUGAAGCGGACUCUAGGCUCUGCUUCUCUCAGGAACGCUACAUCUUUCACAUUCUGAGAUCUGAUGGCCUGACCUUCCUCUGUAUGGCCAACGACUCAUUCGGCAGGAGGAUUCCUUUUUCUUAUUUGGAGGAUAUCCAUAUGAGGUUCAUGAAAAAUUAUGGUCGAGUGGCCCAAUAUGCCCCUGCAUAUGCAAUGAAUGAUGAAUUUUCAAGAGUCCUACAUCAACAAAUGGAAUUUUUUUCUAGCAAUCUUAGUGCUGAUACCCUCAACCGUGUUAGAGGUGAAGUAAAUGAGAUACGGACAAUUAUGGUGGACAACAUUGAAAAAAUACUGGAGAGAGGUGAUCGUAUUGAACUUCUUGUUGAUAAAACUGCAACAAUGCAAGAUGGUGCAUUUCAUUUCAAGAAACAAUCCAAGCGACUUCGUCGAGCUCUUUGGAUGAAAAAUGCCAAACUUCUAGCCCUGAUGACAUGCUUGAUCGUAGUAUUGCUGUAUGCAAUAGUUGCUGCUUUCUGUGGGGGAAUUACCCUAUCUUCUUGCAGAUCUUGAAUUCCCCAACGGGUAUGCCAUGAUGAAAGAUUUGAAGCUCAUUUGCGGGACUUUCAAAUUGGAGGAUGGAUUCAGCGGCGUUGCUCUAUAGAACCAUAACAUAUAAUACCAUGUUCAUAAAGCUUUGAACUUUCUAGGUUUGUCCCUGUAAAUUCUUCUCCUGUGGUUGCAGUAUGUUUGUAGCUGCUGCUAUUGCUCUUGGAAAGCUUGUGGAGUUCAUACUUCUGCUUCUCAUUAUUUUCUUUUUGUUUUGUAAAUUGCUUAAUAUUUAGCGUUGCAAUGUGUUAUUAUUUGAAUUGAAGAUCUUGGUUUUUCAAUGAAUUCUUGCUUUCAUUCUGCAA